AGGAGGCUCCCGGAAGUGGAAGGCGGGAGGGAGCGUGUGAGAGGGAGCUGCUUGUCUGCGGGGCCCCAAUGGCUUCCGCGGCCGCGCUCUUGGUGCUCGUGCUCCUCGCCCCGGGGCCCGGGCUGGGCGGAGCCUUGGCCGAAGACGGCGACUGGGUCAAGCUGCCCAAUAAGUGCGAAGUGUGCAAGUAUGUGGCUUUAGAACUGAAGUCCUCUUUUGAUGAAACUGGCAAGACCAAGGAGGUGAUCGACACAAAGUACGGCUUUUUGGAUGGCAAGCAAUCCAAAAUCAAGUACACAAAAUCGGACAUUCGCCUGAUUGAAGUGACAGAAAAUAUUUGUCAGAGGCUUUUGGGGUAUAAUCUGCACAAAGAGAGAACAGGAAGCAACAGAUUUGCAAAGGGCAUGUCUGAGACAUUUGAAACUCUUCAUAAUUUGGUGCACAAAGGAGUCAAAGUAGUGAUGGACAUCCCUUAUGAAUUGUGGAACGAGACCUCAGCAGAAGUGGCUGAUCUGAAGAAACAGUGUGAGAUAAUGGUGGAAGAAUAUGAAGAUGUGAUUGAAGACUGGUACAGAAACCAUCAGGAAGAAGACAUCUCCCAGUUCCUUUGUGCAAAUCAUGUCUUGAAGGGAAAGGAUACAAGCUGCCUUGCAGAAAAAUGGACUGGCAAGAAAGGUGACUUGGCAAGUUCAGGACAGAAAGCAAAGAAGAAAGCAAAGAAAAAGGAAGGCAAGGGCAAAAAGUCAGGCAAGAGCAAAAAGAGCCACAAGGAUGAGGCAGAACAAGAGAAGGUGAAGCCAAGUGCCAAAGAGGAGGGACCUGACCGAACUGAGGAGGAUGAAGAAGUCAUUCAGAAGGCAGCCCCACUGUCACACACCACUGAUGAGCUAUAGGUUCUUGACAGAGACAUUCUGCCCAUGCUUCCCUUGUGGACUCUUGAAAGACUUUAUUGGGCCAGAUGACUAUGCUUGAGCCCCUUGGAGAUAUGAGAUUGAGCUUCUCGCUUCCUGAGGGAAAGUGCAAAUCUGUCUUUGAAGGUCACUUGAACUUGAGUUAUCCAGUGUUAAUUGUACCUCAUUGCAGGUGAAGAGUAGAUAAAACCCAGGUACCCUUUUGCAUCCUUGGAAGAGAGAAUGAGAAGGGCUGGUUACCUUGCCUGGUGUCUAACCUUCAAUAGCUGAGCCUGCUGCUUGUGUUGAUUUCUCCCCAUUACCUUCUGUGGCUUUGACUUACAAAAAACAACUGGAGAGAAGAGUAAAAGGGGAAGUAUAAACUGUAAGAUCAGCCCUGUGCAGUUUGCUUUAGACACAACGGUAGCCAAGGUAUCUCUCAUCAACCAAGUGGGCUCUAACACUUUAGUUCUCUUAAGUAACUUCCUCGGAAGGCGGAUCCAACACUUCAUCUGUAUCACUGAGUUUGUUGAGAGAGAAGUGGAAGUGGAAUUAAGAAUGCUGCGCUUUUGCCGUGAAACUCCUUUUUAAAAAGCUCUCUUCUUCCCUUAAGGUCAGGAAGAUAUUUGGAGAUGUCUAUGAAUUUCUUCCCCACCCCGCUUUUACCGUCUGUUGCUGCCUCCUAAAAGACUGUAAAUAAAUGGAAAGCUUUUUUGCA